AUGGGCGUCUUCUACGAAACCAUACCGGAAUCCCUCAUCCCAUGGAUCCAAGCCCAACACAUGUUCUGCGUGGCCACGGCCCCCCUCUCAAGCGACGGCCACAUCAACGUUUCGCCCAAGGGAGGCCAGAACUUUGGCUUCAUGGCGUUUACCGGACCCCCCAGGAUCGUCCGCCUCUGGGGUACAGGACGCGCACUGGAAAACGGGACUUCAGAAUAUACGUCCUUUGUGUCGGCGCACAAAGUCGAGACGCAGUUCCACACGCGCAGCAUCAUUGUCGUGGAUAUCCACCAGUGCGGCACGUCGUGCGGCUUCUCGGUCCCGUUCUACGACUUUGUCUCGCACCGAGACGUGCUGGACAAGCACUUUGCCAACAAGGAGAAGAAGUAUCUGGCGGGCGACGAGGGCGAGAGCAUGGAGCGGUACUGGGCGUGGAAGAGCCAGCGCAGCAUCGAUGGGCUGCCGGCCAUGAAGCGCGGCGUCGAGUUUGCUGAGAAAAAUGCCAUCGCGCCGCUGAAGAAGAUGGUCGGGCCGUAUGCGCCUGAGAGGAGGGAGGCGAGGCCCGCGAGGCGCGAAACAGAGCCGUUGUAUCUGAUGCUGGUGCUGCUGCUCGGGAUUGUCAUGGGCGGGGCUAUGGCGCUGAGUGUGGUGUCGCCUGAGAGGGUGCGCGCGCUGCAGGAGAAGGGGAGGGUGGUGGUGUGAGAUUGUCUCUGACCCUAUCACAGGACGUGGCCUGGGUUGUUAAGUCUCCAUGUUGCUGGAUUGUU